AUGGGAGCGCGAGAACUCUCCGAGGACGCGCUUCCCCACCCGCCCCCAAACCGUCCUCGCUGUGAAAGGAAACGGACGAGGAACUUUUUAAGACAAGGGGCAGAUAACCGAGAUGGAGUAUCUAGUGUACUGGCUCGCUUAAAGGAGUAUGAACACAGAAAGAGAAAAUUAAACCAUUUCUCCACCAUUUUCUGGUUCAUCUCAUUAAAGAGUUAUGAAAUAGAGAUGUGGAGUAACUCACAUCCCUUUUCUGUUUCCUUUGGUACAGAAUGGAUAACCCCAGGUGUCAAUGGUCAGCGAGGAGAUGAUGUGACUCCAGUGACUCAAGAAUCAUUCACAGAAGAUCCAAAUCUGGUAAAUGAUCCUGCCACAGAUGAAACAGUUCUGGCUGAUAUGGAGCCUUCUACACAUGAACUGGCCUCACCCAAUGACAAAAAUACCACCACAGAGUGCCGAGAUGAGAAAUUUCCUUGCACAAGACUCUACUCUGUGCACCGCCCAGUCAAGCAAUGUAUUCAUCAGUUGUGCCUCACCAGCUUACGGCGUAUGUACAUCAUCAAUAAUGAGAUAUGCUCCCGUCUUGUCUGUAAGGAACAUGAAGUUAUGAAAGAUGAACUUUGCCGACAGAUGGCUGGCCUGCCCCCAAGACGACUCCGUCGCUCCAACUACUUCCGACUCCCUCCUUGUGAAAAUUUAGAUUUGCAGAGACCCAAUGGUCUGUGA